UUUUUCAGGUCUUGGUUGGAAUUUGCGCUUGACAUAUAAGAAGAUGAUGAGUGAUGAAAGUGACAUGUUGGCUUCGGCACCAGAGAAGAUGAAUGGCAUCGGAGUAGAUUCUAAGGCUCUGGAAUAUUCCAAUGGGUCUGAUUGCCAGUCUUCCACUUCUCUGUUCACAGGAAGCUUGCGAGCUCUGCACCUUGUGGAAGACCUGCGUGGACUGUUAGAGGGGAUGGAAACAGAGGAGAAGGAAGGCCUGAGAUGCCAGAUCCCAGACUCAACAGCAGAAGUGCUCGUUGAAUGGCUUCAGAGUCCAAUGACGAAUGGACGCCUUCCUGGGAACGGAGACGUGUAUCAGGAAAGGCUGGCACAUUUAGAAAAUGAGAACGAAUCCUUCGUUCGUCAGAUAAGUGUGUUAACAGACCAGCUGGAGGCUCAUCGAGAGAAGAUUAGAGAUUUGGAGCACAGAGGGAAGUUGAAUAUCACAGAAGAAAUGCUGCUGCAGGAACUUCUGCGCAGGACUUCUUUAAAAAUUGAGAGAUUUCAUCUGCUGGCUGACAUUCGUGACUUCAAGUCAAAAGUGAUGGCUAUGGAGAAUGUCAACUUGGAUUAUGAAGACAAGUCUAGAGACACAGAGAGGCUAAAUCAGGAGGUCAAUGAUUUGAGGUUAAAUGUCAGUGAAAUGGACAGUGAAAGAACUGAGUAUGAAAGAAAGCUUCAAUCAACCAAACAUGAACUGGCAUCUUCAAAAGAGCAACUGGAAGAAAAGGAAUCUGAAAUAAAAAGGCUACCAAAAAACUUUGUUUGCAAGAUGAAAAGAAAAGAGAUUGAAAUUCUUGAUAGAGGUAAGAAUGUAUGUUUAACAUUUGUUAUCUUGUUAAAAUCCUCCAAAAUCUCUGACACAGAAAAGGAGACGGCAGAGCACCUAGAUCGGGCUGUAUCCUCUAAGAAGAAAGGUUCACGGGGGAACAGUACCUUUUUGGCAUCUCCACCGUCUCAGGAUUCCAAAAAGAAAUUCAGAGGUAUCAUGAAACUCUUUCGAAGACAGUCUCAGGGACCAGCCAUUGCCUGCUAUGGAAUUUCUCUUCUAAGCAUCACUGGAAGUUUUCUCUCCAAAAGAAUGGAAGAUUCAGAAGUGAGACAAAUAGAUGCAUUCUCUGAAGGCAUCGACAAUCUGACACACCUGUUAAAAGAAGACGACAUGUUUAAAGACUUUGCUGCCCACUCCCCCAGAGCCCGCAUCACAGACAAAGACUCAGAUGUUUGA